AUGGAUCCUCCAAAAUUACCAACAAAAUUAGAUUCAUACCAAUACGAUUGCAGUAAUAUCAAAUUAGCGAGUUCUUCAAGUUACUCAUCUCGUAUCUCAUUUUGGGCUAAUACAACCAAUUUUGUUCAAUUUCCACGCGAAGCUGCAAUGAAUAUGGUAUCAGUAACAGCAAGAACAGGAAUUGUCGAAUCACAUUACAAUGUUACGACAUUUUGGGAUACAAUAAGCCAAGUUUCUAACUUUUUCUUUAAUGUUUUACAUCCAUUUUCUGGAGAGGCUCAUGUAACGUUUAACUGCGGUCAAUACUCAAUGAAUAGAAUAUCUGUCAAUAUUGACGAACCUGUUGUUUAUUCAAUUGGAUGGACAAGAGUUUUACGUCAAAAUUUAUCAACAUUGUAUGUUGCAAACUCAUGCUACGAACAUAAACAAAUAACUAUGUUUCUAACAGGCGAGAAUCACUUUUAUCCACUUAGGAGUUCUAAAAAUACAACAUUAAAGUUAAUUCCAAACAAUUAUGGCGCAAAAGCAUACGCACAAUUCUACAAGAUACCAUUUUUGGAGUCAGAAGUUCAAAAACCAAAAGUUAUUUUCAUAGAAAACGAUCCGAAAUUAUCUUACGAAAAAAUUUACGAUUUACUGAUCCCAUUGACAUAUUUUACGGUUACAAAUAGAGAUACUGAACAGAAAAUAGUAUUUUCUAAAAACCAAACGCAUUUACAAAGCCUUGUUUCUAAAAUAUUCAAUGGAAGUAUUCAUGAUUACAAUAAAAGCAUCUGUUACGAUUACGGUGUAGUUCUUGGUAAUUCAGAAGGCAUAAGAUAUGAUCUAAAUCAAACUUUACACCAUGAAUAUCCGUAUUUAAACCAAGUAAGGCAUUUCCAAGAGUUAUUUUCCAUUGACCCGAUAUACAUCGAUUUCAUACGUGAUACAUAUACUAAAAACCAUAUGAAAACCGGCAGAAUUGCUGUUGUUGACGAUGUAAAGUCUAUAAUUCCAGUUUUACAGCAAUUAUAUCCAAAUUCUGAUAUAGAUAUGAUCCAUGAUGACAUGGAUAUUGAAAACAUUGCUGAAACAGUAUCAAAAUGCCAGAUUUUAAUUGGAUCUAAUUUAUUUAAUUUGGCUUACAGUGUUUUUCUGAAUCCAUAUGCAUCGAUAGUAGAAUUACAACCUUUGGGUCUUUCGGGACAACAAUUUGCUGAAAAUUGGGCAAAUUUGACAAAAACUAAAUAUUAUGCUAUCAAAAAUCACGAAAAUCAAGAACCAAUAAACAGUUUAAUGGAAUACUUCGGUAAACUUCCCCAUUCUAAGUUACCAGAAUUAAAUUCUCAAUCAAUAAAAGAAGUUAUUGAUUUCAUUUUGCAGCAUGAAUGA